GGAAAAUUUCAAACGAUGGUAACAAGAACGCACUUGAAGCUCUAAACAUGAGCCAGCUUCGAGCCACAAAGUCUGGACUCGUCAUGUGCACCGUCAUCUGUGUCUUCAUUUUUAUUUAUUUAAGGAAUCCAAUUCCUGAGGACCCGGAGGAGGAACCCACCUACCCAGCAGUAGUAGAAUGUGGUUUUUACCCAGAUGAACUGUGUUCAGCUUUAUUUGAAGGCAAAGGGGCAGCCCCUCAAAUUGCCAAAUUCUGCAAAAAUCCUCAUCGAUCUGAAAUACUUGCUCACUUACGCAGCCCAGGAAACUGCUCCAGGAUCUCCCACGGGCUGCGUUUCAUAACCAGGCCCCUGUCUGCAGAAGAGGGCGCGUUCUCUCUGGCGUACAUUAUAACUGUUCCUAGGGAGCUGGCCACCUUCGUGCAGCUGCUCAGGGCGACGUACGCCCCCCAGAACGUUUACUGCAUCCACCUUGAUGACAAGGCCCCAGGGAAGCACAGGGCCGCUGUGCAAACGCUCGCUGACUGCUUUGAAAACAUUUUUAUUUCAUCCGAGAGAGAGGAGGCAGCUGAUGCUGGCUUCACAAGACUACAGGCAGAUAUUAACUGUAUGAAAGAUCUAGUCCAUUCCAGAUUUCAGUGGAACUAUGUCAUUAAUCUUUGCGGACAGGAUUUUCCAAUCAAAACCAACAAAGAAAUCAUACACUACCUCAGAAGCAAAUGGAAUGAUAAAAAUAUCACUCCGGGGUCAACCCAGCCACCAAACAUUAAAUCUAAGACAAGUCCAAGUCCCCCCAAAUCUAGCCCUGAAGAAUACAUCCAUGUGUCUCCAAAUAGAAGGUUCAGAGCUGAGCCACCCCAUAACCUAACGGUUUAUUUCGGAAGUGCUUACUUCGCACUUACGAGAAGGUUUGUAGAGUUCAUACUGACUGACAUCCGUGCAAAAGACUUGCUUCAGUGGUCCAAAGACAUCGACAGCCCAGAGCAACACUACUGGGUGACCCUGAACCGGCUAACAGAUGCUCCAGGUGCCACUCCGAGUGCUGGCUGGGAAGGACACAUCCGAGCUAUUAAAUGGAGAAACGAGGAAGGAAGCGUUCAUGACGGAUGCAAAGGUGCCCAGAAAAUACCUGGAUGUGAAGACUUCAGGGUCUGUAGCUCAGAGUGUCUGUUACUGUCGCCAGCAGGAGUUAAAUAUGGGAGUCAAUAGCAACUAAAACAAAAUAAACCCUUUAAUCAGUUGUCUUCUCGCUGGUUUAUUUUUUAAAUGUUUAUUUAUUUAUUUUCAUCCACUUAAAAGACAGAGACAGAGAUGGAGCUUCUUCCCAGUGGUUCACACUCCAGGUGCCCACAACAGCCAGGGCUGGGCAAGGCCAAAACCAGGAGCCAGGAGCUCCACUGGGUCUCCCACGCGGGUGCCAAGGGACCCAGGCACUUGAGCCGUCAUCUGCUGCCUCCCAGGAUGCAUUGGCAGGCAAUGAGAAGCAGAGGAGCCGAGCCAGGACUCCAGCCGGCGCUCCAGUGGGGGACGCAGGUGUUCCGAGUGGCAGCUUGACUGCUGCACCAUGGCGCUGGCCCUUUAGGGAGAUGUUCUAAUGCCAGGCCCAAGAAUUCUUAUUUUCUUAAGGACAGGGACUUUGUAUUUUCCCCUGUUGUGUCCUCAGUGCCUAGAAGAGUCUGGCAUACUCAAUGUAGAUUUACUCAGCGAACCAACAGAAAGCAUGAGACGCACUCAGAGACGGGUGACAAGCCCAGGUUUUGCCGCCCCUAAAACUGAGCCUGCAUAGCUCUGGGAGGCUGGCCACUCCAUCCAAACCCUUGCACCAGGGACUUGACCGAAACCUCGCG